AUGGAGCACUAUAACAUCACCCCAGGACACCCUGACCAAGCUGUGCUGUCCUUGGAGCUGAGGGCUGUUUUGUCUUUCCAUGUUCACAGGAGCAAGAAAGGUGAUAUGGAGAGUGCAGGGAAAGGUCCUCAAGAGCAUGGCAGGCAAGGAGCUAAAUCCACACAGCACCCUGGAUACCCUAUUCAGAACAAGCCUUCAAAUACAUCCCAGGGAGCAGGAAGGCUACAGACAGCCAACAUCAUGACUCUUCCUGCUUCCAUGCAGACCAGUGGCAAGCUGUCACCUUCAGCCCCUGGUCAGCUAAACCCAGAAGGGAGCCAGAAGCCUGCACAGGAGACUGUCACUGCUGCAGCAGCUCAGGUGGGAAGUGACCACCCUCCUCCUGGGCACUCUCUGAGUAAGGGGCUGCAGGACAGGCUGGUCUGUCAGAAGGAAAACCUCGACCCACGAGCUUCCACAUCCCUGCAGCAGUUGAGAACUGUUCAACCAGAUGCAGACAGUCUCAGGAAGGCAGGAGUCUCGGCCCACAGGCAAAAUUCGUCUGUAACAUCAAGGCCUGUUCUGGGUUCAAAAGGCAGAAUUGGGAACCAGCAACCUCAGGAAGAGCUGGCCUUGGAUAAAUUCAGGAAAACCCUGCCAUUACAAAAUACAAGUAUUGGAAAUGGACCAUUGCAGCUCUCUAGAUGCCUUUCUGCUUCUACUUCGGUGAGGCAACCUGGCACAGCUCCAGGGGGAAGCCUUAAGCACCACAGGCAACCUCCCCCAGUGAGAUUUACCAGCAAGCCUCCCACUUUGGGCAACCCCCAGGGGACUACAAAUAAAACCAGCCUGAACCCAGGUGUCACUUUGCCAUGGCCAAGGCCCACAGUUAAAGAGGGCGUGGACAGGAAAGUGGUGCUUCCUGGACACACAGAAGAAGGCCAAGGGACAGGUCACUCAAACCAGUCCUGCAGCUGGCUGCACAGCUCCAGCACUCAUAUAGAUGAGGAUGGUUUGAGGAUAGACCAGCCUAAACCAGAAGAGCAGAAGGCAAGUGGCAUGCAGGCUGGGACCCCACCAGCUCCAGAUCGUAGGUAAGUGGCAGCUCGGGCCACCUGGGUCCUGUCUCCAGGAAACAGCAGACUUUAAAGGGUUUGGGGCAGCACCAUCCUGCUGAAAACAGAGUCCAAAGUCUCCUAUGAGUGAAAGCUUGUUGGGAGGUUGAUGCCCUGAAAAAGAAGGGGUUCAGGGUGAUGUUGGAUGGCAUCCUGGGUUCCUCUGCCACUGAUUCAGUAAGUGGAAGGAGAGUGUGUGGCCACUCUCCUGCUUUGGCCCCAAGGCUUAUGCUUGAGAGCAUUUUCCUUUCCCAGUCCAGAACUCAAGGGUUUUUCUGAGAGAAAUAUACUGAUUCUUUUUAAGCAGCUGAAGUUGGCUAAAGGGAGAUUCCAUGGAAAAACAGCCAGCUCUUGCCAAGCUGCUGUCUGCUGGGGUGGUAACUGAUCUCUUGGUCUUUGGACAGGAAUCAGCUGGAGGAGUGGUUGAUAUCCAAAGGCAAGAAAUACAA